AUGGUUAACUUGUUUGUCGAAGGUACAGGGCAUUAUAAUCUGGUUGAAGGGUCAAGGGCACAGCAUAACAAAGUAUUUUGGGGUAAUGAAGGUGCCUUCCGGGUGUACGGCCAGUUGGAACCAACGGUAAUCAAUGAAGAGCUUCUCACCUACGCCUGCUUUGCCGAGGGUCCCACCGGAGAGGCCGGUCGGUUGGCAGAAAUUGAGGGGAUCGCCUUUGACUCCGUUAAAUCUUUAACCCUCUCCUACCAAAACAUACUUACCAUUGGAGGCCUAAAUCAGUUCAUUAGCUUGACCGAGCUUCGUCUCGAUAACAACAUUGUCGAGAAAAUUGAGGGACUCGAUAUGCUCGUGAAUUUAAUCCGACUGGAUCUCUCCUUCAAUAAUUUACGGAAGAUUGAAAAUAUGGAAAACCUUGUCAACUUGGAGGAUCUGAGCCUUUUCCAUAAUGCCAUCGAAAAGAUUGAAAAUUUGGAUCAAAACAAAAAACUCCGUUACCUUGCCCUGGGAAGCAAUGGUGUUGAGGAUCUAAAAAAUGUCCUGUAUCUUCGAAGGUUCAAAAAACUGGACUGCCUCUCUUUAGCAGAUAAUCCAAUAAGCAGUCAUUCAGAAUACGAACAGUACAUUUUCGCCUUUUUGCCUCAUUUAAAAUACCUUGACUACAAGAGCAUCCUCCCCAAAUGGAAAGCCGAAGCCUAUGAGAAGUAUCAAAUGGCGGUUGACCAGAUGGUGGAACAGCAGCUAGAGGAGGAGAGACAGGACCGAAAAAAGGAGGAGGAGCGCAUUUUUAUGGAGAGAUGCCGAACCGCCUUCAUUGAUAAAAUUUAUGGGGAUGCUCUCUUUAAGACCAUCUUUGAAAGGGAUACUGAUGGACGACAACUUUGCCAAGUUCCGACAAUUGAGGAACUCGUGAUAGACGCCUGCAAGCAGCUCUUCACCUCAGGUCAGGAGGAGUUCCAAAAGCGUCAGGAAGAGGAGAGGGCCUUGCGUGAUUGUAUCAGUGCAGCGAAGGAGGACUCUAAGUCUCUGGCGCUCAGCGCUAUUCGCGCUUACGAAAGCAAAAAGAGCGAGAUUUUAGCGAAGCUUGAUGAAAUUCAAAUAGACGCCUUCCCAAUGCUGACCGAAUCACUGUUCUGCGACCUUCGCCGGCACAUUCACGAUCUCUGGAACGAUUUGAUGACCAAUGAAGUCGCACUUGUUGAUCAAAUUGAAGAAGUCGUGAAUGAAUUCGAAAGGAAUUUGGAGGAAAAAGUGUCAUCAUUUUGCGAGACGGUUCAGGCAAGUAGCAAGAGAAUAACUAUUUUCACCAAUAAGGGUUUUACGUUAAAGUUUUUAAUGCGUAAACUACUUGCAUUAUUUUGGCAGGUCUGCUUCUCAAAGGUGCGGGAAUCUGCUUUAACAUUUAACGAAAGAUUAGCUGAACUCACGCUUACCUACACCGAACGGAUAGCCAAAACCGAUGGACCGCAAGAUGAAAAUUAUGCGAUAUAUGCAGAUCGCGAAUUUGUGGUCAACGCUCUAAGCAACUCGAAGGAAACCCAUGUGAAUGUAAUUGACCUCACCGAGGAGGGAAUCCUAAAGUCCAUCCAUUUAUGGUUCAGUGAACUGAUGGAAGAAAUGCACGAGAGAGAUGAGAACCAACGACACACAAAUCGAGUGACGGAGAUUAACCUUUACAUUGACUCACAGCGGGUGGACUUGGAGACCAUGGACCUUGCUUUACUCUAG